AUGAGCACCCGUUCCACCCGCUCUGCCACAGUAGUCGAGGGAGUGCCGGCCACGGGAAGGUACGGUGACGGAGCAGCACCACCUCAGGUUUCUAGACACGUUGCUGUGCCCCAUCUUCUUCACGACCAACAGAAUCCACCUGACGAGGCUGUUGACGAAAGCCACACCAGUGACUCCCUAGACGAGGAUACUUACCUGAAACUGUGUGAAAACUUGAAAGGUCUUAAGCUCGGGGACACCGGACUGUCUGAUAGCUUUGAUGAGUCCCUAGAGCGUGCAUCUAACACCACUAGCACUCAGGAUAGUGACACCGAAUCCUUCUACUCAGUGCAAUCUCACCGUACAGAGUGGGGCGCCGAUAGCUGCGUAUCAUUUGUUCCCUCAGACUCCAACAGUGAAUCCACCCUUUACGACUCAGCUCAGUCCCUCCAGUCCACUUUGCCCGCUCGAAGAAGCCCCUUCCACUUUGUUGUCGGUAAGGAGGAGCGUGGAUAUAAGGAACACCGCAGUAGUUUGAACAUAUUACCGGGACAACUGUACGUAAGUGACGCUCUUGCGGAGUACACCAGUUGUCCUGACCUCUCCCCCCUCGAGCAAUAUUACAGUGCAACCACCAGCUCUCUUUCGCCACCUCCCGCCCCGGCUCUCACAGGCAUAGUCACCAGAGGCACCAUGAGCACUCUAGAAAGAACUGCAUCCCCUAAAUUGCCCAGAUCUCCCAAGGUCGGAGAGGAUGGGGAGAAAAAGAAAAAGGGGCUUAUGUCGUCCUUCCGCAAAAGCCGCAAAACUGGUCGCAAGCUCCGUCAGCAAAAGAAAGCCGAGGGGGACACAGCAUCUGCAAGCACUGGGGUGAACAGUGACGGGGAGGUGUUUGACUCUGAACCCAGCGCUCCCAACAGCCCAGCAUGUGUCAAGAACACGGCUGUGGGCAGCCAUGGGGAUGGAGAGGACACAGACGACCCCUCUGUGUUAUCAGACGGCCACGAACGACUCAAUGGGUCAGCCUCGUCCCCAGCUCCCGUUAAAAGCACCAAAGUGGAAGAGGGGGUCAAGAAAGGAGAGGAAAAGGAAGAAAAGAAAAGAGAAAGGUCCAAAUUUGGGAGUUUCUUGCGUAAGGAGAAGAAAACAAAGGCGGAUUCUGCAUCCAAGUCAUCGUUGGUGAGUAAUAAUUCCGCUGCUUCCUCUCAGGGCACAGAUCCUUCUCAUCCCAGUGCCGACGGAGUGUCCACAUCUGAUUCUGCCGAACUCAAACAGGAGGAGAAAGAAGACACUAUGAAAAAUAACAGCGAGCAAACUGCAGCUACGGAGGAUGAUUCCAACCGCGAGGCUGCGGGUGCCGCUCCCACCCCCACUGACACAGCAGCUCCGGCUGAGGCAAGGGGCUCCUCCUUCCGGCCUUACUCCUCCUCCGUUCAGUUUGUGAGGAACUUCACAGUGAACACCAACAUGCCCAAAGACAAGAAAGCUGUCGAGACCAAGCCUGAGCCUGGCCCCAACACUACCGUGGAGGCUGAGAAGACUACAGUGGAGUCUGCCGACGUGAAGAAGAACGUGAAGCCUGCCAGUACUGAGGUAACGUCCAAUUUCACUACUGUUACUACUGCUUCCGAACAGACAGAGUCAUCUCAGCUCCAGCAGGCACCCUCUCUCAAGCCGAUAAAGGUGAUAGCAACACCACCAGCACCUACGAGAACUGUGGUGCGCCCUUCAGGUGGGAGAACCUCCUCUACCUCCUCUGCUCGAUCCAGGUCCCCAACUCCUCUCCCCAAUAGGCGACUUUCCCUCGAAAACGUAUCGCUUUCACCAGCCCCCAAACCCUUGCCCGUCGAGCGACCGAUCUCAUUAAGCUCCCGCCACACGGUCCCGCCACCACUCACCAUCACCCCGCCCGAGGAGGAGGCAGCUCCUCCCGCGCGGAGUACGAGUGCAAUGGCGGCUCCAACGGUAAGGCCUGCGGCUGACCCCGCCUCAGCUCCUGUUCAGACCACAGUCGCGGCUGCAGCCACUCCACCAUCCAGCCCCGAGGGGCAAGCAAAGGAUGCACGUGAGACCCCAGAGGGAGACCGACAGGAAGGGGAGCGGAACCCCGUGCUGGAUGCGUCGGGCCUCACAAGUGACUCCUGGACCAACUCCAGCAUAGAUAAACGGGAGCAUCUCUACAAGAUCCUGGUGAUUGGAGAGCUUGGCACAGGAAAGACUUCCAUUAUCAAGCGUUAUGUUCAUCAGUUCUUCAGUCAGCAUUACCGAGCCACCAUUGGUGUGGACUUUGCCCUCAAGGUGCUCAACUGGGACAACAACACUGUGAUCCGUCUCCAGCUGUGGGACAUUGCUGGUCAGGAACGAUUUGGGAACAUGACCCGAGUGUACUACAAGGAGGCAGUUGGCGCCUUUGUGGUGUUUGAUGUAACACGUUCACAAACUUUUGAUGCAGUAACCAAAUGGAAGACAGACCUGGACACUAAAGUUACCUUGGCUGAUGGAUCACCAAUCCCUACUGUCCUUUUGGCAAACAAGUGUGACCAGCCCAAAGAAGGUGUCGUCAACAACCCAGCACGGAUGGAUGACUACUGCAGAGAGAGAGGCUUCAGUGGGUGGUUUGAGACCUCAGCCAAGGAAAAUAUCAACAUAGAUGAGGCUUCACGUUUCCUUGUCAACAGAAUCUUGAACAAUGAGAAGCAGGGCAUGAUGAUGACAGAGAGCUUGGAUGCUGACAAAUUCUCAGUGGAUGGGAAGGCCAACCAAGUAGACAAGAGUGGAUGUCUCUGCUAGUGAUAGGUGAGGGGCAGAUAUUUGAUCAUGGAACAUGUCUUGGGGGGGAAAUUGUUAUUUUGCUUUCUUACCUAAUUUUAAAACAUUUAUUAAUUUACUGCAAAUGAAUGCUAAUAUUUGCUUAGGAGUUUGCUUCUACAUAAAAAUUUGUGUUAAGAUACAUUGCAACAAAACCUCAUGAACCUCAUGAAUUUUUUUAGAAGUCUUUUCUUUAUUAUAAACAUUUCUUUCAUAACUUCCUGGUGGAUCCAUGAGCCAUCUAAUGAAGUGGUGGUGUCUGUAAGCCAUCAUGUGUGUGGAGGACAGAGCUGGCCUUCCUCCCUCACUCUUCCUGAGAACAUGAGUCAUUUUUGUCCUUUAGGAUUAACAGUUCAUGCAUUUUGAUAAUUUUGACAGGACAUAUCUUUAGAUAAAUGCUCUUUAGUCAUGCCUUUUAUCUCUAGUUUUAUUUACCACAUAAAAUAUCUGUAGCUUACCUGUUUUCUGAUAAUUUUAUAUUAUCCUAAUGGAAUGUAGACAUUUGCUGCUUGAUUCUCAUUUAAUAACUAGAAUAGCACUCAUUUGUAAUGUUAACUUCAGUCUGAAGUAUCAAAAUAUCUAUUUCUUGCCUCUUAUUUUCCAAAAAAGUGAAAUAUUAAGAAAGCUGAUCUUAUUAAAAGUAUGUAAAGUAGCAUUAAGAAGCCCGACCUGAGACAGGUGUUUUUGUGUGAUGUAAGCUGCAACAAAGCACAGCUGUGGCUGGUGCUGCUGAGUGUGCUGGCAGGGAUGGCCAGCACCAGGACUGUCUUGCCAUGUGGUGUGCACUGUGUCAGAGUGGCUUGACUAGACUGCCACAAACUUUACCUUGCUGGACUUGAAUUGACUGUGUUCAUCUCUAAUUGGUGAACUCAAUGUCUGAAAUGGCUGACCAUUACCAAUGUUAAGCAGGAAUAUUUUUCAUAUCAGUAGAACUUUUGGACCAAUUCCUGUGAUAAAUCAUGGUGUACAAAUUUUAUAUUAUGAUAGCUGAAAAUUAAUUAAGUAUUGAAAGAGUGACAGUUACUCUCAUCUGAAACUAGAAAAUGUCAUAAUCACAAUCCUCAGCUGUAUUAUGAAAAUUUUUACUUGUCUGUGUUUGUCAAGAUUACAUAGAUGGUGUCUUGUUCCAUUACUGUUUCUAGUCUGCAAAGGUCAUUAUGCUUUCUUAUUUCUAAAUUAUUUCCUAUCGUUUGUGCACACUUGCUUAUGUUAUUAUUAUUUGCACAUUACUUUCUCAUCUAAUGAGAUUUAUCUAUAUGUAUUAUUGUUUUAUUUAUUUGUUUUUAUGAAACUUAUUUGGAAUGAGUUAUUGAAUGUGGUUUUCUUUUCCUUUUUUUCUUAUAUUAUUUAUUAAAAAAACCUGUAGCUUUCAUUUCUUUUAGUGGUGCCUAUCUUAGUGAAUUUAUUUUCAUACUGCUAAAAUAACUACUACUUCAAUCAAAUUAUCUAAUAUGGAGUGCAUACAUAUGUACAUACAGUACUUACCAUCAUAUUAGUUCUUCUUUUACAAAUGACAAAAAAGUAAAUCCUCUGAAUUGCUUCAGUGUGAAUCAUACUCAGUAAAUAUUUGAUGAGGAGAGCUGAUAAAUUGUGUCUCAUAAUGACUUAUUUGAUUAUUCAUGAAAAAAAAAAAUACAAAAAAUUAGAUCCUUUCCUUUUUUUAGAUAUUAAAUCAUGUCUUUUAUUGUUAUUAUUUUAUUUUCUAUGGGAAUAACUUUUUUUUUUAACUAAUGAGUGUCAUAGUAUUUGUAUAUUUAUAUAAUUGGUUUGUCACAAAAUGAUAAGAAUUUACACAUUAUGCUCAGUGGUCACCUCAGCGUUAUCACAGAACAUGGAUGGAUCUCAAGUGUCUAGUUUGCCAUACACUGAAACAAGUCUCAUGUGUUUGGUUGUAAAGACAUGAACUGCACUUUUUAAAAUGCAUCCUCAUGCUUCAAUGCUCUAAAUUGAACACAGCUAACUUAUAGUUAAUAUUAGUUCAAAGCCACUGAUGUUAUGUUUGCUGUAUAACUUUAAGAUAAUUUUUUUUAUGAUAGUAAUCAAAGAGAAACACUUUAUCUUCCUUCAUAAAUUUCUCUUCCAUCUCCAAGAUGUAAACAUUGUAAAUUUAUAGAUACUCCUUAGAUAUUUAUCUUGUUAGUUAUUUUCCUUUUUUUUAAUCAACAAAACCUGUGGUUAUCAUUAGGUAAGGUUUUAUACAUAUUUUAAGUUUUAUCCAUCAAUCUUUUUGAACCAUUAGCUUGCAGUUGUUGACUAAUUGACUGAUUUCCAUGCCAAUACACAUCAACAUUCGUCCAUUGAAAGCUUCAGUGUGUGGUUGAAGCAAACGAACCUGUAAUGAAUACAAUAAUUCAGGCUGUUUUACCCUUGAUGCCACCCACUCUCACUCGUCCAAUAUUGUAUAUUAAGAAAUGUAUUUUAGAUUUUUUUUUUUUUGUAUUAAAACUAAGGUUAGAUAAUUAAUUACUGAAGUUUUAUGUCAACUUAGUUUCUGUAUUCCAUUUGAAUAACCUUAGCUAACAGGCGUCCAGCAGUAUAUUAUGACCAUUGAACUGCUAUAAAUGACAAUAAAAAAACUGCAGUUUUGUAUUGAAAAAUUUUGAAUCACAAAUGUAAGUUCAGUCAGCCAUGUGUCGUGUAUAUACUUAGUUUAAAGUUGUGGCAUAUCAGUGACUGGCACUGUCAUACUCUUUCACUGUGGCUUUGCUGGUAUUUCAGAGUGAGUGCCAGUGUCAUUGGAUACCAGCCAACUAAGUACCUAUAUAUUGUCUUUAUCACCUGUGAAAUUGAAACAAGUUGUAUUUGACAGUGUGACCUCUGAUGCAUAUAUAUAUAUAAAAAUUUGUGGUUACACGAGGAUCUUGAAUGUGUAUUCAGAACCAUUUCUACACCGGAAUAAUUAGCUCCCAAUUCUGUCAUUAGUGCUAACCAGUCACAAAAUCUGAAUAUUAACUUAAAUCCCUUGGGUAACAUUGAGUAAAUCCCUUGAUAUAUAUUUUAUACUUCAAUAAGACCAGGAUUAUAACUACAUGAUGAAUAAGCACAGGUUAGUGUUAUGCAUUUAUUAUAAAUCUGUAGGGAAGUGGAUAUAUAUUCAUAACAUAUGAGAAAAUAUCUAUGAGUAUAUGUACAUACUUAUGAUAUACAGUAUAUAUUUACUCAAUUAUUUUAUGCUAUUUUCUUGCUAUCAGCUACAUUAUAUAUAUAUAUAUAUAUAUAUAUAUAUAUAUAUAUAUAUAUAUAUAUAUAUAUAUAUAUAUAUAUAUAUAUAUAUAUAUAUAUAUAUGUAAAGGAUAUAAAAUAGAACCUCAUUAAAACUAAUAUUUUGUUAAUCAAGAAAUACCUGAUGUACAAAAUGAGGCUUUUGUAUAGCUUUGUUCUCAUAGUAAUUUCCUCUAUUUUCAGAGGUUUACAUCAUUUACAGUAUUUAGUGUUCUGGACUCUGGUGCAAUAAUUGUUUCACCUGAGGAUAUUUGAACAUGCAAUCACUGCCACUGACCGAUCUCUUCACCUGCUGAUUUGCCAAAAUAUUUCUUAGCUAUUUUUGGAAGUGCAAUAAAUUGAUUAUUCUCACUAGCUAUACAAAUAGAGGUAAGUCACUAUCUUGCAAAUAAAUAAGGCUUGUGGGAAGAACACAUAAUCAAAAUAUCAAAUAUUUCAAAGGAAGAGAAGAUGGCCACUCAGCAGACGAGGGCAUCACCCAAUGGCUGCAUUCCAAUGUUCACGUGUCUUCAUGUGGCAAAGUCUGUUACAAUCCAUGAUGCAGUUUAGUUACAUCAUCAUUGGUAGGUUCUUUAUUUGAACAGUAAAACCAAUUGGUAGUUACUAUAAAAUAGUCUGGACUUCACCUUUUGCUUAGCCACAAAGGGCUCAGCAAUAUUCUUCAAAAGUUAGCAUAGCUUAUAGGUAGACAAGAUGUUAUCUUAAUUCAACCAGAGAUGAGGUCACUACAUAUGGUAGAUUGUGUAUGAAUUCAAAUACUUUUACAUUAUUCUGUUUGAUAUGAAUUUCAAAAUGCAACAAUAUCGAUGAUGAAAUAGAAAUAAAGAAUGGUCGCUUCACACCAGUGAGACUGGUAUUAUUGCCUGUUCAAAUAUGAAAUAAAAGAAUUUUUAUUGA